AUGUCCACUGCAAUAUCCAAAUGGCUGAUCUCUGUCUGUGGGACAACCAGUCUGAUAUCGUUGAUGAUAUCAGCCCUGGCUAUUUAUUUGCAAUCAAGUAACUACAGAAAACCCUUUGAGCAGCGACUCAUAGUGAGAAUACUGCUUAUUGUUCCAUUAUUCGCAGUCACCUGCUUUGUGACUUUGCUCAACCCGAAAAUUGGGGGUAUUAUUGAACCGAUAAGAGAAAUCUACGAAGCGCUGGUUAUUUAUACAUUCUACAAGCUCCUUGUGUACAUGCUUGGGGGUGAACGAAAGAUCAUACAAGACUCAUUUGGGAAGCCAAAAACUAGCCACCCAUUUCCCGCUAACAUCAUUUUUUCGCCAAUUGAUUUUUCCAACCCUUCACACUUUUUACUCGUCAAGCGAUGUAUCCUACAGUAUGUGUGGGUCAAACCACUUUUAUAUCUAGUGAUCAUCAUUGGAAUUCUAACCGGAAUAUACGAUAGCUCAGACAUCUCAUGGGGGAGCUUGUACACUUGGACGGGACUAGCUUAUAAUGUGAGCGUCACUAUUUCAUUAUACUAUCUUGCUAUGUUCUGGAAAUGCUUAUAUUCUGAGCUAAAAAAGUUCAGUCCAUGGGGUAAAUUUAUGUGUGUGAAGUUGAUUAUUUUCGCUUCGUACUGGCAAGGAUUAAUGCUUGAUGUAAUGAGCUGGGCCGGAUUGCUGUCCCCUAGGAAAUUAACAAACGUGGCCUGUUUGACGGGGAGCCAAAUUCAGAAUGCACUGUUAUGUUGUGAAAUGAUUUUUUUUGCAUUAUUGCAUUGGAAUUCUUUUCCCUACACUGACUUCACUCACGAAAAAUAUGGUGAUGCAGCCCGGGUGACUACUUUCCAUGCCUUCAAAGAUUGGAUUCUUCUUGGGGAUCUUGCUUACGACCUCAAAAUGACAACACUGUACGGCGACACGUAUAACUUUCGCAAUUUCGAUUCUAUCAACGACAAUCGAAUCUACCCAAAUUCGGCAAGUUUCAAUCAGCGUAUCUACGAUGGACUACGAUAUUCUUCUGAUGGCCGUAAAUAUUGGCUCCCAGACCAGCGUAAAAAUCAACGAAAUCAUCGAUCAGGAUCAUCUGGCUCAUCUUCAAAUUCAGUGAAUGGAUUACAUACCACCAUCGACGAAAACACUUCUCUUCUUGGACCUCAUAGGGUCUCUUACUUAGAUACCGUUUCUGAAGAGCUACAAAUUGAUUCAAUUGACAGCAACACAGACACCAAGUACCUCUCGCCAGAUUACGCAAAAGAUGAAACCCUCUAUCAUUUCGUCCGGACAAAAAAAUAUGUUACUGAGAAAAUCCUAAAUUAUCCCGUGACGUACGAGUACAAACUAGUUGACAGCUCUAAAAAAAUGACGAAACUGAAGAGCCAGCUAGAGCAACACCGGAACUCUAAUAGUCAUUUGUUGAGGACUAUUGACGAAAGUCAAUAA